AUGCCUUUGCGCGCCAAAGUGACCAACCCGGCUUUUGGGUCAAGGAUGCUCUCGACCCCAGCUACGAUUCCCAAGGAACUGCCAGGAGACGAGGCCGACGAUGUGCUUUUCCACUCUCAUUAUGGUGUGAGGCUGGUCGAACUCAACCGGCCAAAAAAGCUCAACGCCCUCAAUGGCUCGAUGGCUAGGAAGAUUCUUCCCCGACUUUUGGAAUGGGAAAAAUCGCAGUUGGCCAGCAUCAUCAUGGUCUCGGGUGCCGGAGAGAAAGCUUUUUGCGCAGGCGGUGACGUUGCAGCGCUGGCCACAUCGAACCAGAAAGGCCCCAGAGGCCAGAAGAAAUCGACAAACUACUUUGGACUCGAAUACCAGUUGGACCACUUGAUCGCGACGUACAGCAAACCGUAUGUGGCUGUGAUGGACGGCAUUACCAUGGGCGGCGGUGUAGGACUGAGCGUGCAUGCUCCCUUCCGAAUUGCUACCGAAAACACGCUGUUCGCUAUGCCAGAGACUACAAUUGGAUUUUUCCCAGACGUCGGCGGCUCGUUCUUCCUGUCGCGCCUGGACGGGGAGAUUGGCACGUACCUGGCCCUGACCUCGGAGCGCCUCAAGGGCGUGCAGACUCUGUACAGCGGAAUUGCUACCCACUAUAUCGAUUCGAGCGUGCUGUCAAACUUGACCAACCGACUUUCGGAAUUGGUGUUUAAGGAUUACGCCAGCAUGGAUGAGCGGCUCAGCCUGGUCAACAAGACCAUCAACGAAUUCUCUACCGGACUGCCUUCUAUUGAACAAGAGCCUAUCCUAUUGGGAGGCGUAACCCGCAAGGCCAUCGACCGGUGCUUCAAAUACGACACGAUCGAAGAAAUCGUCGAGGCCCUGAAGAACGACAGCGGGAAUAGUGAGUGGGCAAACAAAACAUUGAAAACGCUACUGAGCCGCUCGCCGACCUCGCUCAAGGUGACUCUCCGCCAGCUGCGCCUGGGCAAGAAAUGGGGAAUCAGCGAAGCCUUCCGCCGCGAAUAUGCCAUUGCAGCACGGUUUAUGCGGCACCCGGACUUUGUCGAGGGUGUCUCGGCUCGCCUGAUUUCGAAACCUGCCAAGGACCCCGAAUGGAACCCGGCCAAGCUCGAGGACGUCAAGAAGGAAGAUGUUGACACCUUUUUCGCUGCUGCGGACAAGGAACUGGCCUUGUUCAACGACACUGACUACACGUCGUACCCGCAUGCCAAGUACGCGUUGCCCUCGGAAGCCGAUAUUUUGUCGAUCAAAAAGGACCCUACUGCGUUUCUGAAGACCUGGGGAGGAAAGGAGGGUUUGCAAGCGAAGAUGUUUGAUGUUUUGACUAAGGAGAACAAGGGUACGAUAGAAAAAUGGUCCAGGGGGGAACAAGUAUAA